UCUCCAUGCUGUUAGCACACAUGGAAUAAUGCCUGCUGUUAGCCUGGGCUUUAGCUAGCGCCAAUGCAAAACAAAUCACUAACAGUGCAUAUGAUCUCCUGCAUGCUGUCUGAGCGGUCACAGUGUAAAGAAGCCGCACUGUUUGGAAGAACUUUAGGCAGAAUGAGCUCGCUGUGUGUUUACUGAAGCGGCGAGCGCUGCAACUUUAUCCGCGGUUAAGUUUGCUGCCGGGUUUCCUGUAGUGAGGCAGUGCUUUCAGAUCAGCCAGCAUGUCAGGAAUUAAACGGAAAUUGGAGGAUAAAGAUCCAGACUAUGAGGACAUCACCCAAGUGCAGGAGAGCAAGAGGAGCAAAGUACAUGAACAGAACGCACGUGAUGCCACAAUACAGAAGAUCGAAGUGAUCAUCAGAGACCAGUUUAGCCUGGAGAUGAAGAACAAGGAACAUGAGAUUGAGGUUAUCGGACAGCGUCUGAACGAGGCGAGGAGGAUGAUGGACAAAUUGAGAGCCUGCAUUGUGGCCAGUUACUACACCAACGCUGGCCUGACUAAAGUUUCAGAGUCCUCAAUGAGUGAUUUGAAUCAUCCGGCAAUCAAGCGCUUCCUGGAGUCCCCGUCUCGCUCGUCAUCCCCCUUGAACCAGGGUUCUGAGGCACACUCUGUAGGCCACUCGGAGACGGAGUCCCUGAGCCAGCCAAUAGAGCCAGGAGAGAGAGACGGUCUGGGCUGGAAAGAGGAAGAAUUCCGGCAGCUGGAGCGCAGACCGGGACGCAAUACAGGCAAGGACACGUUCGGUGUGCCAUCAUCUGUAGACCAGCACGUCACGUUCCACACUACGGGAGAGGAGGCAUCACGGCUCUACGUGAAGAAAACGAUUGUCGUGGGCAACGUUUCGAAGUAUAUAGCUCCUGAUAAAAGAGAAGAGAACGACCAGUCCACUCAUAAGUGGAUGGUGUAUGUCCGAGGUUCACGGAAGGAGCCCAGCAUCGACCACUUUGUGAAGAAGGUUUGGUUUUUCCUGCACCCCAGCUAUAAACCCAAUGACCUGGUGGAGGUCAGUGAACCCCCGUUUCAUCUGACGCGGCGGGGCUGGGGUGAGUUUCCUGUGCGUGUGCAGAUCCAUUUUAAAGACCAACGGAACAAACGCAUUGAUAUCAUCCAUAACCUGAAGCUGGACAGGACAUACACAGGAUUGCAGACUCUUGGAGCAGAGACGGUGGUGGAUGUUGAAUUACACAGGAACUCCCUGGGUGAGGACUUCAUCCCCUUCCCUUCUUCCUUCUCCUCAUUGUCAUCCUCCUCCUCUCACCUGGCAAGUUCAGCUGCCCCUGGCACAUUGGCUGGAAAAUCUGCAAAUCAGAAUUCCCAGAAUUCCUGCCAUGCUUCAUCACCCACUCAGCUGUCUCCUGACUCAAGUUCAGAGAAAGCUGUGAAGAAUGAGACGGUACGAUCAUCAUGCUCUGAAAGAACUGGAUCACAAGCCAAAGGUGUGGAGAAAGUCACCCAGGGCUCUCAUUGUAGCUCAGCAUUUCAGCCAAUCACAGCCAGCUGUAAGAUCAUGCCCCAGGGACAGGCCCCCAGUCCUGCCGAGUCACCUGGGAAGUCCUUUCAGCCAAUCACCAUGAGCUGCAAGAUAGUAUCUGGAUCCCCUAUUUCCACCCCUAGUCACUCUCCAUUGUCUAGAACACCCACCUCCACCCCUGUACACAUGAAGGCCAGCUCAUCUGUCAACAACCCUUACCUCAUCGCUGACAAGCAGGGUCAGGUGAUCAGCAUGACCACACCCACUACAGGAAGUCCGUCAGCCAAACAGAGUGGCGUUGCACAGGGUGCACGUUCUCCUGCUCCCAAAGUCCACUCAAGCAGCUUCCUCUCGUCUGGAGUCAAGGUAAUUAUCAAGCAGGAGCCAGGAGAAGUGACCCCUCAGACAUCCUCCCAGCAGCAGGCUGGAGCCGCAGCACCAACGCCACAGCAGCAGCAGCAGUAUGUGACUGUGAAAGGAGGUCAUAUGAUUGCUGUGUCACCACAGAAGAGUGGGGUGGGGUCAGGAGGUGGAGCCACGCCCACCAAGAUGGUGGGGAUUCCAGUCGGCUCUGCUCUGCAGUCUGCAGUGAAGCAGGUAGCCAUCAGCAGCGGUCAAAUCCUGGUUGCCAAGUCCAGCCCUGCGGUCUCCAAGGUAAUGGGACAGAAGCAGGUGGUGGCGCAGGGCGUGGCGAAGGCAAUCGUCAGUGGGAGCGGAACAGCUACUGGUGGUGGGGCGUCUGUACAGCAGGUGCACGCCGGAACCAAAUCGACAGGAGGAUCAGGAAGUGGUGGCAAGAGUGGAGUAAUGGCAACGCUGCAGUUGCCGGUGAAUAACUUGGCGAAUUUGGCCAACCUGCCUCCAGGCACCAAGCUGUACCUGACCACAAACAGCAAGAACCCGUCGGGCAAGGGCAAACUCCUGCUCAUCCCACAGGGAGCCAUCCUGAGAGCUUCAAACAGCGCAGGGCACCAGUCUCAGAGUUCAUCAUCUGGUUCUGCUCAGUCGUCCAGCAGCAGCUCUGGAUCCAGCAGCCUGUCCUGCACCUCAUACAUACUGAAACAGACCCCACAGGGCACGUUUCUGGUUGGCCAGCCAGGGGGUUCCGGGAAACAGGGCACAGCCAGUUCCACAGGUCAUGCCGCGUCUAGUCCCACCUCCGUUACCCAGCAGGCCAUUCGGGUCACAGCAGGACAGAAGGCAGCCAUCCUGGCUCAGGUGGUUGGCGGCUCCCAGGGUUCUCAGGUAAAGCUGUCUGAUGGAUCGGUGAGGGCAGUGACCGCUACACAUCUGUCCAAACCAGGCAGUACUACUUUGAGGUUGACUGGGGGGAUCAUCACAGCCACUACUUCAAGUUCACCUGCUGCUACCUCCACUUCUCAGCAGUCAGCAGAGGGAGCCGGAGUGUCCUCUGCUUCCUCAGGUACUAAAGCAGCUGCACAGCACUCUGUACUGAUGGCAGCCAAUCAGGCUGCAGUAAUCAGCGCCGCGAAAAGUGCCAGCUCAGCAGCUAACGUAGCGAAAAACACCGGCGCUGUUGUAACGGUGUCUAAAAGCGUCAACAUGCCGCUCAUCAGCUUGUCAAAGGGAGCAGGAACAGCUGUAGUGAGUGUUCCCAAGAGCGCCAGUCCCUCGUUGGCCAGUGCCGCAUCUCUAGUGGGAGGAGCCACAGUCAGUGGGAAGACGGCAGCCGCAAUUUCAGGAAUGUUAAAGCUACACUCUGGGCAGUCAGGCUCACAACAGACGGUGCUAACAAUUCCAGCUAACCAGCUUAAACAGCUCAGCAUCAGUGGGGCCUCUACAGGCCUGCAGACCAUCCUAAUGCCUGUGGGAAAAGUAGUGCAGUCUGGUUCUAAAGCUGCAUCCAGUGCUCAGAGUGGAGUUUCUCCUUCUACCACUGCACCUCUAGCUCAAGUGAAGACCGAACCUGGAUUGUCCAGCUCCUGCACUACCCCAGUAACGCCCACGUCUACCCCUUUAUCUGCAGUAUCUACCUCCCUGUCCACAGCCACCUCUGCUACUGUUAAAGUGGAACAAGGCACAGAGACCACAACACACGAACUCGUGAAUACGGAACAUAUUGAAACCAUGUUGCAACUUUUCACGGCUGCAGUGAAGAAAUUUCCUUUGAUUGUCCGAGAGAAAACUGAAGAUUCCCACCCGUUCUGUGCUACCUCUGCGGAACAGUACUAUUCCUGGAACAUCGGAAAACGCAGAGCUGCAGAGCUCCAGAGGGCAGUAGCAGUGAAGCGUCUGGUUCAGGAUAUUUUAGACCGAAACCCACGACUGCAGGCCCUCAGCCCUCCUAAAACUAGGGAAGUGGUGCAGUGGUGCCGUCUCCGCGGUUACACACCCCCUGACCCUGAACCCCAGCGCAUCGAGGAGGACUCCAUAGAAGACAUUCUCACACAAAUUGACAGUGAGCCAGAGUGUCCAUCUACUCUGACGGAUGGCGAGGAACUGUGUCAGCGUCUAGAGCAGUUGCAGAGGAUUCUGAAGACCGAGCCGGAAGAGGACGACACCGAGCCUGUCGACAUCAUUGCUGUCAAAGAGGUCUGCAGCAGCAGGGUCAAGGUCAAGCAGGAACAGGAGGAGGCAGAGGAGGAGCCCAAAUACUUCCUGGGGUUAUGUCCAUCCUCCCAGUUUAUCAGAGACACAGCAGAGCAGAUUGGUGUGAGUUUCCAGCCAGUUGAAGUGGAGAAGAAUGUCUUUGCUCCAGUAGUGGAAGCCAUGAUUCUAAAGGCUACACAACAGUUUGCCAGCGAGAUACUGAGAGAAUCACUAGCAAACGCCUAUGGGAAGUCACCUCAAAACAGAGUUCCUAGAGAAAUCUCAAGCAUGAAUAUACACCAGGCUGUCAGCUCGAUACCCAGCUGUGAUUUCCUCACGAACAGGUACAUGGGCUUCCUGCUGAAGGAUGGUGGCCAUGCAGACUGAAAGUGGAAUUGGGCUGCCACGAUAAACUCGCAUACAGACGCAGAGAUUACCGGCAUGCCUUCUGUCACCUUUCAGCAAUGAACAAGUGCGAAACGUACAGAGGCCGGCCAUUCCGAUACAGACGUCACAUUAACAGAAGAGGUACAAACCGAAGACGCGUUUGGAUGGCGCGAACAUGUCGCAACGAUUGAACAUCGGAAUAACAGUUAACACAUGGACGUCGCCGUCGAGUUUAACAAGAUCGUACGUUUAGUGUCUGGACCUGUUAAACCCAUCUUUCUCUGUUUUUCGUACUUUGCUUGGCCUCCGUCAUUCUGAGAGCAUCACAGUCAGACCUGAAUUGCAUUUGGUAACACUGUCACAGCUCUGUACGUGUUGGUUUCUCUGCUUGUUGGGCUGUUAGAGCUACACAAGCACCUGUAUACAAGGAGGGGAUGAAAAAGCAGAGGGGGGCGGACUCCAUAUACACUCCAUAGGCCUGCUGUGCAUGCCUGUUCGUUAUUCUUAACGCCUUCAUUUCACGGUUUUCCUAUACAGACUGUUUUAGUGCAUUUCUGAGUAGCAAUACUAGUGAUACAAAAUGGUUAUGAACGUGAUAUCGCUGAUACUUCUCUAUUCACUGGUCUUAAUUAGGUUAUUGUAGAUUACGGUCAUCGUAGGAGGCCCAGCAGUUAACCAGAAAACUCCAGUAAUCACAUGGUAUGUUGUGUGUGUGUGUGUGUGUCUACCAUUCACUGUUUCUUUUUGGAGCACUCCGAAAACGGCCGACAUGAGAAUGCUGCUCGGGUGUGCUUUUUGUGUAUUUGUCGUGGUCUAUAAAGUCUUCUCCAUCUUCAGACAUUGCAGGGUGUGCGGUUGUGAGUUGUUAAAUACACAGCGAAGAGAAAAUUCCAGUGUUGUGAAAAUGUAUUCUAUGGCAUUUUGUUAUGAAGUCGGACUGUCCUCGAUGUAGACUUACAGAAGGUUUAAUAUUCAGGUGGUUUUGUGUUGCUGUAUACACGAGCCUUUCUCACACUUGGUCCUAGUGUAUCUGCAUUGUAUGGUUUUGUGUGCCCAAAGACACCUUAUCGAACUUGUUAGUUACUACGCCGUGUUUAAGCUGAAUCGGUGACCCGGAAGCUGGAACAAAGCUCAAUUAUGCAGCAAUUUUGUCUUCGAGCACCAGAAUGGCAGGAGCGUUUCUGGGUCCAGAUGGCUCAUUCAUGCAGAAGGUGUUGCUGAAUUUUGGAAGAGUGCAGCGUCUGUAAGAAGAAUUUAAGCCAAAAGUGGUUUAUACAAUUAAUGUGACAAUUAAUGGACUCCAAAUUACCUGGUGAUUUUUUUUUUUUCCUCCUUUUGGCUUUCAUUCCAUUUUCAAGUCAAAGCAGUUAGUCAUCAUUAGGGUUGUCUGUUGAACAGCCGAGUGCAAAUUUGAAGAGAAAAUGAAGAAAAAUCCAAGAAUGAAGUGAAAAACUGAAUUUGAUCUCGGUGCAGAACUUUGCAGGUCUUUCUAAAUAUGAUAAAAAUAUAUAUAUAUAUAUAUAUUUUAUAAGACUCUCUGUACCCACCCCUUUUAGAACUACCUCCAAUCUCUCGUAUCCUCGAACAGGCUUUUGGAUCGUCUUGGUUGUAAUAUUUACCCCACCGCUGUCUUUCUAUUCUAUCUUUGCUGCUUUGAUUGGCCAAUCUUUGCUCAUUCUUCUUGACACAUUUGUUACAAACUCUGCCACUGCCUUCUUUAGAUCAGGUGUGUACACAGUGAGGAUCAUGGCAAAAUGUAGACUUGAUGCCUUUGGUUCUUUUUCAGGUUUUCUGUCGAGUUGUUGUCUUGUUGCAGGAUACACAUUUCACGUUUUAAUUUUUUUUUUUUUUUUAACUUUUUGCACUCGCCUAUAUGAUUUUCUACAUUGUGGUCAAUGUAGAAGUAACGAACCAGCAAUGCAGUGUGUUUGUGUAUUUGUAAAAGUAAGUGUAUGUCUAAUUAUUUGAGCGUGUGGGUGCCGAGGUUAGUUUGCUCUGUGACGGUUGUAUAUUUUUGUGUAUGCACGUGCCCUGCACACGACAAACUUAAGUCAUUACCUGUUUAACCCAUCUUAAUGUAUUGUAGACAUACAGGACCAAUUAUAUUUUGCCUUGAAUGUAACUAAAAUAAUGACUAUUCUUGUAUUAAAAUGGUAGAUAUGCCACUAAAA